GUCAAUGUAAUCUGUCAAAUAAAAUAUGUCAAAAAAUAAUGGUUAUUAAUUAUGCGUUUUUGGAUGGUGAAAAAUAGCAUUGAACGCGUACGAAGCGAUCUAAAGGAGGUUAUUGAUUUAUGAGGGUGAUAUGCUAAAUGCGCCCUUAAUAAUUAUUUUUAUAUCGAUAAUAACAAUUUCGCGAAUAAGUACUGAAGUGAUUGAGUAUUAUUGGAGGGAUUAUAUCGGGGAAAUCCCCAAAGACGCCGUCGAAGCAUCUCCUGGAUUAUACAUUGGUCAAAUUCCUUAUAAUGGUUUAUUACCAGGCACAAUUUAUCCGCUUAAACAAGUCGCUGUAAGUUCAGGUGAUGGGCAUAAAAUUGAGUCUAAAGAUGGUGUAAAGAUUUUAUGUUGUGAAAAGAACAAUGAGAAGAAAUUUAAAUGGGAUUACGUAAACAUAAAGAAUUUAACACCUCAAAAGGUGAUGCAGUUGGUGAGGGGCGGUUGGGAGAACGGAUAUCGUCUUUACAUAGGAAAGAUUUUCCAUGAAGGUGAUUGGAAAAUAGGGAAAAUUUUUCCCCCUGGUUCUGGAUUGCAGGGUUUAAGAAUUUGGUACAAUAAUGGCCCAGAAUAUGUCUCCUUAGAUUUUCAAGUACUCCUUUAUGAAGAUUAUUCCCCCAUUAACAAAACAAAGCGACUUAAUAAGACUAAUAAUAUCACAUAUGGAGCGGAACCUUAAAUAUUUUUUUAUUUUUGUAGGGCUGUGAUAUGUAAAGAUUAAUAAAAAAGGAUUUUUAAACACUUCAAA